AUGAGCGUGUUUCUAACCAAAGAGGCGUUGGUGUACACUGCUUUUACGGUGGACGCCUUGAACACGUUUGUCACGUUUCCCAUGUUUGUCACCAAAGGUCCCAAAUGGGCAUUGGACGCGCUGCUUUCAACCAAAGAAAAGGAAGAAGAUAGUACCAUCUUAGAAGACGUGAACCGCAAGUCGUUUGAAAAGAUUUGGGAGUUGUUCAUGGUCGCGUACGAAGGAUACUUUGGUUUUACUGCCAGCACGUUGGUGUGCAUUUAUCAACACCCUCAAACCAUCCCCGUCUUUUCCUAUUCCUUGUUUGCCUUGUACGCUUAUAAGUUGAAGUAUCUUUGGUCCAAGUACUCAGCCAUACCAGCUGACACAAAGGACGAUGAUUACCACAAGAUGGAAACGAAGACCAAGUUGCAGAGCGUCAUGUUCUUCUUUUUGCCAUGCUAUGGUGGAUACUGUGCUGUGCAUUCCCUGGAACUAUUCCGUGGCAGGAAGUAG